AAUGUUUUCUGUUUAUGUGUGGUUCACCUUUACUUUUUUGGGAUAUGAGAAAUGCAUUAUUUAUACAACACUUCAUAAAUCUUUUGAUAUGUUUUCACUCUUAUAAAAUGAGCCUAAAGUACUGAAGGACACUGUAAAUACUGUGUCAGCAUACAUUCUGCAAAUAGAUGUCAAGUACUGUAAGCUGUUCAGUGCCUGUUCACUUCACCCACCCUGAACAGUGGCUUUCACUAUUAACAAAAGCAUUAAAUAGAGGAAGUUCAACUGCAUGCAUAGGACUACUGUAGCGUGCAAAUUGAAAGUAAAAAAUUCUUGAUCACAUUCAUCAGUCCAACGAUAAAAGAUUGUGUUCUCUGGCUUGCAUGAUUGGACAUGCAAAUUCUUACAGAUUUUGGGUCAACUAUGAGAACUUCCUUUUUUAAAUUUCUUAUUCUUACUUCAGAAGGGAUGGUAUGUGCAACAGACUACAAUAAGUGGAUCCUCUGAGGUAAGAACAAGCUUAUUUUUGUAUCUUUCCUCUAUUUGACUGCCUAAUAGGGCUGGACAAUUACUCAAAAUAUUAUCGAAAUCGCAGUAUGGCCAAGUGCAAUAUCCAAAUCGCAGAAGCUGCAAUUUUUUGAUAAAGGUAAAAUGUGUGACAAAACAGCAUUAUAAUGAAGUAGUGUAGUACUGCAGAGAUGCAGUACUACACUGGCCUACAAAUCUUGUUCUCCAGAUGGAAAAAAAACAUGUUUGUUUGGUACAGACCCCAACAAAUGUCACAUCAUCAUGAUUUUAAUAGUUUUUUUAGUGAAAAUGAAAAUUGUGAUGCAAAAAUGAUCAUUCCCACUAAUCAUGAAUCAUAUUGCAAUCGUAAUAUCUGUCAAAAUAAUCGCAAUAUGAUUUUUUUUUUUUUACCAUAUCGUGCAGCCCUACUGCCUAAUUUAACUGAAAAAGUCAACUCUGUCUGUAAUGGUUCAUCUCAAUCAUCAAGAUAGUACGAUGUCUGUGUCUAGAGAAAGUUGAGUUUUGAUUUCUAAAGAAUGGGAAAUGGAAAAAUGUAUUCAAUUAUUAGUGAUUAGUGAUAGUCAUCUUGUAUCCACAACAAGCAGCAUUUGUAAGUGAUGUAUAUACUGGAUAUGGAUUAAUUAUUAAUUUCUGACAACAUUACUUUUACAUUUUGUUAUUCUGUAAAAUAAAUGCACUAUACUGUUUGCACUCUAAAUAUAUAGUGUGCCGUGUAUUAUGGGUUUAAAUGCAUGGCUGGUGAAGCAGACAAAAGUGAUUUAAACAAACAGCUGAUGUCAAAUAAAAAACAAUUCCUACAAGUCACAUUUUAGGUAUUAAAGGAAAAAGAAACUGAAUCAGUAACCUGAAGCCUUAAAAUGUAAUUAAUGUUGUGGGCUCUGCUGUAGAAAGGCAUGAUAACUACAACUAUACUGGGGCUUGCAACAAAACAUUUAGCCUCAAUAUUUUGUCUUGACACAUUCUGCUAGUUGUGUGAGAAAAGAUAACUUAGAUUUCUGCAAUGAUGGAGAAUUCCCAAACCAUCUUGAAAUGAGGAAGACAAUGCUCUGUCAGAAAAAAAAUAGGAAGAAGAAAAAUCUUGAGAGUAGCUGAUUUGCAUUAAAGAAUAUAUAACUAAAACCCUACCUAAUAUCAGGGCUAGUUUACAGUAAAAAAAACAACAACAACAGGAGGUUCUGUGGUGUUAUGAUGUAUACAAUUAUGUACACACACACUUUUUUCCUUUAUUUUUUUGUUUGUUUCAGACAUCAAGCCUUAGUGCCACACGAAGAUGAAUGCUCAGACAGUCGGGUGGUUGGUGUUUCUGGCGCUAAUAAAAAAUUUCCCCUGUCCCCUUCAAGCCCUCCCCAAACAACUCCCUUUAGAACUAGUCGACAGUCACCUGACAGCUAUAGAGGGGUCCUGCAUUGAAAUCAAAUUCAGAGUCAUUCAUGAACUCAAUCCUGAUGGUGCAUACUGGUUUUGGAUGAAGAAUGCAAAUUGGAGUCGAGGCUUAAGCGAUUUUACUGCCACUAUCAUUUACAGCACAGAUAACUUAAAAAAGUCUGCCAGUCCCGACUAUGCAGACAGAGUGAAAUAUACCUGCUCUUUACCUUUGUCAAGUUGGAAAACUGCUUCUGGAUCUCCACCACAGCCACAGUGCAGUGUUUUAAUCUGCAACCUGACCAAAACUGACAGUGGAAACUAUUCUGUCAGAUUUGUAUCAGAAUCUACAAAAUGGAAAACUAAAACAGAGACGAACCUCACAGUUGCAGAAAAUCCCUGCCCGAUCACUUUUGAGAAACCAACUGUCGUAAACGAAAAUGACACAAUAACACUCACAUGCUCCACUUUAAGUUCAUGUCCUUCAAACCUAAAAAUUGAAGGUUUGACACAGCUCCUAAAGCCUCAACAGACAGAUGAAAAACAGAAAAGCGUCACAGUCAGUUUUACAGCCACCUGGCAGGAUGAUGGGAAGGAGUUUUCAUGCCAAACCGAAGAAAACAAAGACACAUAUUUGAUUCGGAAUAUCAGCUUUACUGUCGAAUAUGCUCCUAAAGAAACACUGGCUAAAAAAAGCCCUGAAAACAUCACGGUAAGACAAUUUGUGACUCUCACUUGCUCUGCCAAAGGAAGUCCUCACCCCAACUUUACCUGGUUUAAAGAUAACCAAAAACAACAUUAUUCAGCGGCAGAAUGGAACUUCACGUCAAUUGAGGAUUCACAGAGUGGAGAAUACCAUUGUGAAGCUCAAAACAAACAUGGGACAGUAAAAUCAAACCCAGUCAUUAUUGAUGUUACAUAUGAGCCUCAAGUAGAGGUAACUAUGACUUCACCUGCUACUGAUGUUACACAAGGAGAUCAAAUUACUUUAACAUGUAAUGUGAAGAAAAGCAACCCACAACCUACAUCUUACGCUUGGUUUAAAAAUGGGGCAGAAAUUGGUUCGAAACAGACGUAUGUUCUAAAAAUAGAACCUGAGGACCAAGGCUUCUACAGAUGUAGUGCCACUAACAGCGUGGGUACCGGAUAUUCAAAUCAACAUAACAUUGAAGUUAAAUACGGCCCGAGGGACACAAGCAUUCUCGGUGAUAAAGAAGUGAAAGUUGGUAACUCCCUUACACUCAACUGUGUCACUGAUGCCAAUCCUGCACCGAAUACAUACUCCUGGUACCGUUACAACGAAAAUGAACCGAUUGACUCCUCACACUGGACGUACAAGACAACGCAGGAACGCAGUCUACAUUUGGACAGGGUACAAAGAGCAGAUAAAGCAUGUUACAUAUGCAACGCAACCAACACCAUCUAUACAGGGGAGGAUAGUCAGCCAUUCUGCAUAGAAGUACUCUAUCCUCCCACCAUUCCCACACUGUCUAUGGAUGAUGAGGUCACAGACGGUCAGCUCAUCACAAUCACCUGCACUGUUGAAAGCUACCCACAGUCACAUCUCACCUUGACAAGGACUUCUACAUCAAAUCCUCAGUCUUCAGAAUGGCAUUCCACUCAUCCCUAUCAUUAUUGGAACAACAUUCUCCAACACACAUUUAAUGUAACUUCAACCCACACAGGCUAUUACACCUGCAGUGCCACAAACAGCGAAGGUUCAAACAAAAGCGCGCCAAGGAAGUUGUCGGUGAAAUAUUGUCCCAAAGAUGUGACAAUACAAGCUGAGCCUGGUCUUGUUGUGAAUGAAUUCAUGCAGUUGACACUGCGCUGCAUUGCCCAGUCCCACCCACCAGUGACGUCUGUCACUUGGAUGAAGACGACUGAUGAGAAAAGUGAAAUCAUCUCGACUCAGACCAUCACUGUAAAGUCUGUCAGUCCUUCUGACAGUGGACUGUACAGCUGUGAAGCCAGUAACGGAAUUGGAACUGGAAAAUCUCAGAAAGCUGAGGUUAAGGUCAAGUAUGCUCCAAAAUACACAAAAAUCACAAAAGCAGCAGAGCAGCACCGGCCUGAUGGGAUAAGCUUUGUGACACUGAGCUGCAGCAGUCACAGCUAUCCCUCAAUCAAACAAUAUACAUGGUACAAGAAGAUAAAGGCAAAGGGAAUGGAAGAUGAAAGCGUGUCUCACAAUCAGAACUACAUAGUGUAUUCAGACCAACCAGGAGAAUACUACUGCAUCGCACAAAAUGAAAUAAAUCAAAGUAAAUCUGACUCAAUCCAGCUGUUUGUUGACCGAGGCCUUAUGAAGGCCCUGAAGAUCUUCCUCCUUUGUCUGUUAUCCCUGCUCAUUAUUGUCUUCAUUUUCUUUGCCUACAGACGCAAGAGGAACAGAUCAAUUCAACAAAGAACUAUGAACAGUUCUGAUUUUCUGAGUUGGUGGAAUAGCGCCAUGAGGAGGAAUCUGAUGAACGAGCCCAUCAUAGCAGAGCCUUUUAGGAGCAGAGAUGACCUCUUGGCAGACCAGCCGUGCCGUCCAAAUGCCCAACGACGCCAGCCUCGUCCAGACAACACGCCUGCCUCCAACAUCAACAGUAUUUACUGCACUGUGAAUCUGCCUGCCGGAAAACAGGGUCCUCCUGCACAAAAGCCAAUCAGACAGCAAGGUGGACACACAGAGGCUGAUUCUCUCAACUAUGCUUCUUUACACUUUGGAAAUAAGCAAACGAACAAACAUGCAAAAGCGGAAGAGGACGUUGCGUAUGCUAUGGUGUCCAAGCAAAAGCCACCUAAAAAGAAUGAACAAGAUAGGCUGGAGGACUACGAGAACAUCAGUGCAGCACAUGCAGCCAAAUUUCCAGAUCCACUGAACUGUGACACAGACACCAGUGAAGAUGAAGAAGAUCUCAGUUAUUCACACGUGAUCUUCAAGGCAAAGCCUGGACAUCAGAGAGCCAGCAGUGACUCCAGCACUUCUGAUGAAGAAGAGACUCAGUACUCUGAGGUCAAAAUCUGA